AUGGUUAGGUAGUCAGAAUCCACUUAAAUAGUAAAGAUGAAAAUGGCAUAAUCGUAGCUAAAGGGUAUUUACGCUCUAAUUUUAUAUAGAUUCCUUGACCCCAAUGCUUAUUACAUGUAAAUUGAUGAUCUCAGAAAAGCAAAUAAUUUUAGAGAUUCUCUAUUUACUAUUCUGCCAAGAGGCACUUUUGAGUUGCACGAUGAAUAUUUGAAAGAAAAAAAAAAUUAAACUGUAGAUGCCUUGAAAAGUAGAGUCUCAACAGAAGCCUCCCAAUAUUACACUAUAAUUUAAUCAAGAAUGCACGAAGAAAUCUUACUAGGAGCAGAAGUAGUCUUUAAGCAUGUGGACUCUUAGCGUUAUUUAUUUGGCUCAUAUGAUUGUUCUGAAGUUGCUAUGGAUGCUUUUAAAUUGAAAUUGUCUCCAUAAUUAAGUUCUCAUACUAUUUUUAAAUUGGCUCCUUAUUAAACAUAUCAGAAGGAAGGUCAAAUCAUACAAAUAGAUGAGCCUUUAAUUAUUGUUCAUGAGAAAACCCAAUGUAAAUUGGAUUACGAGAAAUGUCGAAUGUUUUUGGAUUUGCAGAUGAGCAAUGGCUUAAAUUAUAAGGCUUCUCAAACUGAGUCAUUUAAUAAAACAUUCAAAUAACCAAUUAACACCAGAGAUGAAGCUGUGGUCUCCCUUAAUAGUGAUAGAUAAUGGAAAUUUUAAUUACAUGAACAAAAUGGGAAGAUUAUCCCAAAUGACCUAUGUUUCUUCAUUUUCUCGUAGGAUGGAUCAUACUUGACUUCUGAUGGUCGAAGGUUAUUACUACAAGAGUACAAGGAUAAUGAAUACAUUCCUCUUGAUUGUGUAUGGGAAUUAUAAUUAUAUGAAAACAAGUACGUAAUCAGAUCUCAAAUUUCAGGUUUUGUUAUCAAUUCAAAUUCAUAACUUUCACAAUAUGAAAUGUUGGAUGAUUAACAUUUGUAAAUAGAGCCUGCUAAACUUGGCACCAAUGAGGUUUCUUUCAAUAUGUUUGUGAAAAUUAAAUUUGACAAUAAAGAGUUACAAAAAUCAAAUGUUCAAAGAUGUAAAACCAAAAAGCUUACCAUUACUCAAUUGGAAAUUGAAAAAUAUUAAAAAUUACUUGGUCAAGAAGAUUUAGAUUAUGUUUAAUAUAAUGUUUAAUUCUUACCCACCAAUUCUGUUCAUGGAUUUCAAAUUAAAAGACUUAAUGAAGAUUUAAAAAAAGAUCUGCUCUUAAUCACAUCAUCUCAUGAAAUUCUAAAAUAAUUCAUAAACUCAUUAUAAUUGGAAGACAAGUUAUAAAUUGAAUCUAUUAUAAAUGAGAAGAUUCUAACUUAGGUUCUUAAAGUCAUUUAAAAAUUGAUUGCUUACCUCUUGAACUGUGAGUACAUGAAUAUUGAUAAAUGCGAGAACUUACCUAUCCAUUCUAGAUAAUUAUUCAUGAAAGACUUAAGGAUGGUUGAAAUUAUUAUACAAAUAAUCUUCUAUUUUUGGGAAAAACAUAAAACUAUGAGUUUAUUCUUACAUAAGAAUUAUGAAAAAGAUAAAUUAAGACAGAUAUGUAUAUACUCCUACGUCCUGAUUGAAAAGAUGGCCAGGAACAAUUCCUCAGUUAAAUUAUAUAUUUCACAAUGGCUCGAGUUUUUCUUAAAGCAAGCCAUUGAUAUUGAUGAUGAACAAAUUCAAAUUUCAUUGGCUGAACUAUUAAAUGAUAACUAUUAUUCGAUUAACAAAUUUGUCUAAGAAGCAACCUUCCAAAACUUGGUCAAAAAUAUAAGUGAAAAGAAAAAUGUUCAUGAAAAACAUCUAAGAAUUUUUAGUUCUAUUAUCAUUUGCGAUGGAAAACCUAUCAUAAAGAAUUAAAUUGAAUUGCUAAACAAAUUCUUUAAGCCUUAGAGCUCUGAUUAAAAUUUUUACAUCUUUAAAUUCUUGUUUAAGGAGGAGGACCAAAAAAUCAAAGUUCAACAUUUAAACAAAUAAUGGUUCACCUUAAAGGAAUUCCAUGAUUAUAGUCAAAUGUAGGAUGACUUACAGACCUGGAACUAUUUCCUAGCUUAUAUAAACUUAUUGUCAGAUAUUUGUUAGAACAGGAACAAACAAGGGACCAAUUAUGUUCAUUAGUUUUACGAAUUAUCAGUCUUAUCUACAAUCCUGUAAGAUCCAGAAACAGAAUAAAUCAACGCUAUAGACCCAUUUCUAAAGUUAAUUCAUUCUGCAUUUAUUGAUUCUUCAUUGUUUGCCCCAAUUAGACGAAUUGCUAGAGUUAGAGAAUGGGCUAAAAUUAAAGAUAAGACAGACAUAAUUAAGACUAAAACGAAAGUGAACAAGGAUUAAAAAAGAGUUCUCGAGUUUAUCUAGGACUAUAUUACAAAAAAAUUCAACCAAAAUGGGAAGGAGAAACAGUACUUUAAAACUUUGUAUACUGUCCUCUAUGUUCUAAAAACUACUAUUCGUUUGGGAUAUUGGGAGAAAAUAGAUGACUUAAAAAAUCUAUUAGAACCCUUAUUUAAUAUUAUUACAUUUAAAUAAAACCAAUCAGAAUAAAUAGAUUAAUCGUAAAAUAGCAAUCAUUAAAAUUAAAUUUCAAAGAUCAUAAAAUCGCAAAAUAAUUUCUAAUCUCAGAAAAAAAGAUUUAUUGAAAUAAACACAGAAAAUAUGAUUAUGUUAAAAUGUAAAUAAAUAUCAUGUGAGAUAUUGGAUAUAAUCGUUGACAUGGAAACUAAUGUUAGAGUUAGUAUAAGUACCAUCAACCUAAAAGACUUCUUUGAAAAAGAAGAUAAUAAGAAGAAUGAAUCUAAACGAUAAUUAAAUGAGGUCGAAAAUGAAGUAUAAAUGAAAAAUAGCAUCAGACGAUUGAGUGUUUAAGAAAGCUAGGAGAAGGUGGUUGAAGAAUGGAAAGGCAAAUUUUCUAAAUUAAUUAAAGAAAGGGAUCUUUUUGGAAAAUUCUCUAAGGACAUUAUUUCUAAAUUUGCAGAAUUAUCCAAAUAUGAUAAUGAAAUACUGUAAACUUAUUCAAUCAAAUUGUUAAAGAGAAUUUAUGGAUAUAGGAAAGAACUCAUAGAAAACUUUGAUAAAACUAUUAUUGUGAAUGCCGGUUUCACUCAUAAACUUUCAGAGGAUAGUAGAAAGACAAGAACCAAACUGCUUUCUUUUAAUGAUUUCAAUAUACUUAAUCUUAAUCUCAAAAACUAAAGCGAGUAUAAUAUUUACUUAUGGGUUGACAAGAAGGAUACAAAAGAGAGAGGGACUGGAGUGAUAUAGGAUUUAUGUUGGCUUAUUGAAUGCUUAAAAUCAGGAGAUUAAGUACUCUAAGAAAAUGUCAAAGUUAACUAUGAUGAUUUCUAUGCUGAGAAUAGAUUGUAAUAAGUAUAUACUGAAAAAGAACAAAACUUCAAAUUACAUUAAAGUUUGAUUAAGUGUUAAGACUUACAUGAGAAUAUUUUGGUGUUUAUAAAUAUUGCUACUAAAAUGAUUAAUGAGGUUUAAGAAGUUUCAGAUAAAUAGGAAAAUGAAAGUAAUAAAUUAAUCCAAAAAGAUUAAUAAAAUACUUCUGAUGAUAAAUUGAUCAUGAAAACUCUAUACGUCUGUUUUUAAUUCCUUACUAUGUUACUUUGGAAUCAUCAUGAAAACAAAUAAGAUUCAGAUUUUAUAAAAAUCAUUCCAAAUUUAUUUUAAUACAUAAAAUACAAUCUUUUUUGCAUUUAAUUUCUUAGAGAACUAUUUCAAAAUAAUAAAUCAUUAUUAUUCAAUGAGUCUAAAAUAUCCCAGAUUAUUAAUGAAGUUGUCAAAUAAUGCAAUGCUUUAAAUUUUGAUUAGUAUUAUAAAGCUUAAUUAAUUGAUUUCCUGAGAAUAUUAACCAUUUAUAAUAAUAAAUCCAUUAAAAUCAAUUAGAAUCUAAUAAUGGCAGCUUUGUAAAACAGAAAUUUUUAAAGAAUCAUGAUUUUAUUUGAUAACAAAGAUUCUAUAUUUGACGAAAUUGAGAAAUUAAUUGCUGAUUAUCAAAUUUAAUAUUUUAAGGUCUUAAAAAAUAGUAACAAUAAGGAUGAUAAUAAGUUUAUUAACAUCAAUCCAAAAUUGACAUAUCUUUUUAAUUACUUCUAAUUACUAGUACUCCUAAUAUCAAAUAAGAAUGAAAUCAAUCUAGGAAAAUGCAAACAAAUGCAUUCACACUUAAAAUUGAUAAGACUCUAUUAACGAACAGGUUAAUGCUGGCCCUUAAAGAGAUACUUAAGAGCAUACAUAAAUAGACUAUAUUAUGAGCAUAACAAAGAUUUCAUUGGGAUAUGUCAAAAUCUAAUUGAAAUUGAUUUAGAGAACAUAUUGAAUGACCUUAAAGAUAUUCUUGAAUUAAGGGAAUCUGGAUGCGAUUAUCAAAAAAUAAAAUUGAGUAACCCAACCAGAUUCUCAUACUUAUGUUCGUAUUUUUAUAUGACAUUGGAAGAAAACUUGGUAUCUUUGAAUUUUAUAUUUGAUCAAUUAUCCUUUUUUGAUGAAUUAGAAGACACUUUGAAAUUAAAUUAAAAAAAAUCAGAGCCUUAAUUAAAAUAACAUUCAGUAUUACUGGAAUUCGGUAAUAUUCUAUUAAAAAUUGAGCAAUUAUGGUCUGAAUCGGAACUAAUUACAAAUUUAGUCAAAGUACUUAUGGUUGUAUUUUGCAAUAUUUACAAAACCUUUGAUUUACACACAUUAAUCUUAAGAGACGUAUUAUCUAAUCCAAAACCAUUUCAUAAUGCAAUAAUAGAGACAACCUGUAUUCAUAAGAAGUAUAUAAAUGGAAAAGAAUAAUUUGUCUAAUAAGAAUUGAGGAAGUAAACACCUCAUAUUAACCAAUCUACCAUGUUGUCUCAGAAAUAUCAAGAAUUGCAAUAGAAAUGGUUUGAAUUAUAUGGUAAUAGAUUGGAGCCAAAUAAUGCAGAGUAUAAUGAUUAAUUGAAGGACAUAUUAUUAAAUGAAGUUUAUGACUUUGCCAAUAUCGAUAAUUAGAUAAGAGUUUUGAAACAAAAGAAUUAAUGGGAGGUGGAGAAGAAAAAGAAAAAAAUAAGGAGAGUUUAUGAAAAGGAAACUAAAAUCAAUAUGGAUCUAAAUAAAAGAUAUAGAAAUUUAAUGGAGCUCUUUUUGACAGAUAAAACAAUUAAUGUUUAUUUGGAAGAAGAAUUUAAUUCAUUUUGUACUGAUUUAGAUUAAAUAAAAUAUUCAGAUAAGUUGGCACUUCAACCACCUAUUACAUUGAAGGAGUUUAUUUAGAAUAUUAUUCAUUUAAAUCUAAACCACUAUGACACUUUAAGCUAAGAUAUUCAAAUAUUCUUUCUUAAGGCGCUUGAAAAGAUUAUUAGGAAAAGUGAAAAUGAAAGUAAUCCAGAAUUAUAGAAUAAAAUGGUCAAACAACAAUAAAACUUCUUAUUAGAAUGUGGUGCUGCUGAAUUGAUUUGUAAAUUUCUUCGCAUUCCUAAUCUUGAAUUGAGAUAGGGAUUAACAAAUUCAUUAAUAUCUUUUGGAAAUGCUUUUCUAGAAAGGGGUAACAGGAAAUGUUAGAAUGAAAUCUAUUAAAAACUUUUGAGUGAUUCUAAAAACAAGAUUUUAAUUAAUUACAGAUAAUUAAUUAGAAGAGUGAGUAGAGCUGUUUACAAUAAUUUUAAAUUUAGAAAAAACAAACCCCAUUCAAGUUUUCCAAAUAUUGAAUUAUGUGAUAAUUUUGAUUUUUAUGAUGAACUUACUUAAACAACUUCGAGAUUAAAUCAUAUGGAAAAAGAUGAUGCAAGAGAAGAGUAUAUCAAGGAAGAAUUCAUCAAUUUAUUGAAUAGAUCUUUUAGAUUUCUGUAAUUAUUAUGUGAAAACAACAAUGUUUAGAUGAAGAAUUUUAUAAGACAGUAAAUAGAUCCUGAUCUCAAUCCAAAAAUAGGCUCAAUAAAUUUCAUAGAACUAGCAACAUCGCAAUUGAGAGUAUUCUGUAAAGCAUUCAAUUCAAAAAUAAGCGAAGUACCAAUUUAUAUUUUGGAUUUCAUCUUAGAAGUAGUUCAAGUCCCUUGUCUAGAAAAUUAAAUUACUUUAUGUAAGACAACAUUUUUUGAAGAUGUUUGUUAUUUGGUUUAAUAGUUAAGUAUAAGAUAAAAUUAAGAAUAGAGAGGAUUGCUAUCAAAGCCAGAGGGUAUGUAAGCCUUAUUUAAUAUUUAUAAUAAAAUCAUCAUAAUCAUAAUGAGUGUUUUGGAAGGAAAUGAUGAUAGAAUUUAGGAAGAUUUAUAGAAAAAAAUUGACCCAAAAUUUCUAAUUGAAAUUGUCAGACAAUAUCUUCAAAAUCACAAUCCAAAGAUACAAAGCAAGGAAGAUAUGGAAAAAGCACUAGAAGAAUAAUCAUUAUAAAAAUAUGACAUAAAAUUGGACAAAAACAAUGAAUAAGAUUAACAAAUUUAAAAGAAAAAUGACAACAUAGAAAAAAUACUAAAUGUUUUGAUUAUAAAAGAAAAAAUUAAAUUUCAGAAUUUUUAAUUAGAUGAAAGUAGUAAUUACAUUAAAGAAAUUAUGAAGUUUUUAGAAACCAAAAUCUUAAGAAUAGAAAUCAUUUAUGAAAACAAACCUUAAACAAUUUUGUAUCCAUCUCGACCAUUAUUCACAUUUUUAUCAGAUGAAACUAGAGAUAUCAUUAUGUAUAAUGUGAAUAGAGAAACAUAAAGAGAUAAAAUAAACGGAUUGUUAGAAUACAGGAAUCAAAUUUAUCGAGAGCUUUAAUAUAAUUACGAAUUAAGCAAAAGAGAAUUCUUACCCAUAACUUCAUAAUAUAUUCAAGUAUUAAGACAUCUUUCAGCUUUUUUCUCUAUUUCAGUAAACAUAUUAAUGAUAUUAUUUUAUAAUAUGGAAAUCUAUAAUUUUUAAGUUCUACUGAAGGCAGAAUUUUAUGAAUAGUUAAUCAUUAAUGUACUUUCAUUUUGUUAGCUAUUUACUACAUUAGUUUAUUACAUUUGCUAUCUGAAUUAUCGAAUACCUAUUUGUAUCGAUAAGUAUCGACCUAUUGGUUAAGAUGUAUCUUCUGAUGACUCAGAUAGUGAACUUAACCAAGAAGAAUCAGAUGUUACAGAUAAUGAAUAAAGUGGAGGAUUAAAUGAAAUUAAAGAAUAAAUCAAAUAAUCUGAAUAGAAUCAAAAAAAGAAUGAAUCUAAAAUUUAAUUAUUAUCUCACAUUCUAAGUUAUAUCUUAGAUUCUGCAAAGAAAAUUAGUCAAUAGAAUGAGGAUUUUAUAUAAAUAACAUUCUACUUAGUGUUUUCGAUACUUGGAACAUUUUACAAGAGUUAUUUUUUCUCUUUACAUUUGUUUGACUUAUUUAGUAGAUUAACUUUAUUGAAUAAUGUGUUUUAAGCUAUCUCUCAUAAUGCUAAGUAAUUAAUUGUUGUCUCGUUAUUGGGAGUUUUGUUUAUUUACGUUUUUUCAUUUACAUCCUUUGAUUAGUAUGCAGAUGAUAUUUACACUGAAAAAUAACCAGAAGAACAUUGUGAAACUUUGAUUUCUUGUAUGAUAACUCUAGUUACAAGUGGAGUUAUUGGAACUUCUAUGUCCAAAUGGGAUUUUGUAAAAUUUUGUUAUGAUACUUUGUAUUUUGUAUUUUUUGCAUUGCUUUUCACAAAUAUUGUCUCUGGUAUUAUGAUUGAUACUUUUGCAGAAUUGAGAGAUCAAAGAUAAAAGAUUGACGAUGAUAAAAAGAAUUGUUGCUUCAUUUGUGGUGUUAAGAGAGCUCAUUUAGAAAAGAAUCUUGAAUAAUUUGAAUAACAUGUUAAAGAUAAACAUUUCUUGUGGAAUUAUAUCUAUUAUAUAUAUUGCUUAAAAUUAAAAGAAACUACUGAUUACACUGGUUUGGAAUAUGCGAUUAGUGAAAUGAUCAGGAGGGAUAAUAUAUCAUGGUAAAUCUAUUUUUUUGAUUCUAGGUUCCCGAUACAAUUUGAGCAAGAAGCUAAUUAAGAUAAGGAAAUAGAUGUCAGAAUUGCUUAACUUGAAGGAGAAAUGAGAGAGAAAAAUGAUAGAAUUGCUCAGUUAGAAUUAGAAGUCAAAAAUAAAUUAAAAAAAGACAUACCUUCUAAAUUGGAAAACUUAAAUUAAUUAAUUAUGUAAAUGUAAUCAUCAAAAAAAAGUAAUUGA